AUGGAAAACUUAUUGAAGAAGUAUAAUGUGAAGCACAAGAUUGCCACUCCGUAUCAUCCUCAAACGAGUGGGCAGGUUGAAGUGUCGAAUAGACAAAUAAAACAGAUCCUGGAAAAGACAAUGAACGCUUUAAGAAAAUAUUGGUCAAUUAAAUUGGAUGAUGCACCGUGGGCAUACCGAACCGUGUUCAAAACCCCAAUCGGUAUGUCUCCCUACCAAUUAGUCUAUGGUAAAGCUUGCAUUCUCCCUCUUGAACUCGAGCACAAAGCUUUUUGGGCCACCAAGUUUUUAAACUAUGAUCUGAUAAAAGCCGGUGAAUCUCGAUUUCUUCAACUCCACGAGUUAGAAGAAUUCCGCAACCAAGCUUAUGAGAAUGCCAAGGUAUACAAAGAGCAAACUAGAAAACGGCAUGAUCAAAGGAUGCAGAAAAAAGACUUUUGGGAAGGUCAACAAGUGCCAUUGUUCAAUUCCAGGUUGAAGUUGUUUCCUGGGAAAUUAAAGUCAACGUGGUCCGGUCCGUUUGUUGUGCAUAAGAUAUUUCCGCAUGGGGCGAUAGACAUUAUAAAUCCAACAAAUGGGGAUAUUUUCAAAUUUAAUGGUCAAAUACUGAAACCCUAUUACACGGGUCAAGAACCGGGGUUGAUUGAUCAUGUUCGUCUCCUCAAUUGA